ACUUGCGAAAACGUACAAUUAUUAUAAUCACUAGGGACGGCCAGCAUAAUUCGUUUGCAAGACGUGCGGGUAUGAUUUGUUUCGAGGAAGUUGUACAACUUGUAAGUAAUGAGUUACCAAGCGAUGUCUCCACGCAAACACAUGCGGAAAUAAGAAGAGUGCGGCGCCGAGAGUUUUCUUUCCCUAUAGCAACAUCAUGCUCAUUAAUGCAAACAUUCAGUUACUAUGGGAGCGUUAAACGGGGAACUUAAACCCAGGUCAGCGCGCGACGCUGCGACACUUGCGCGUGGGACAACGGGGAAAGUAAAAUGGGGGACACGCCAGCGACUGAUAAAAGAUUAGAGUUCCUGGAGGAAUAUGUGGUAAAGACCAUGAAGCUAAAAGCAGAGCGAUGGCAGAAAUGCAUCGCGGCAGAGGAGCAUAAAAAAGUCAUACAAGAGUUUUUGGAUAGGCCUGAUCAGAUCACUCUUGUGCUGUCUUUGAAUGCGGCGGGGCACUUGCUGCCGUCAUCUGAAUUUCUUGCGACUUCUAGGAACAAAUCUGUAUACUUUGUGAAGCGGGGCAAAGAUGUCCUUAAUGCCGAUUCUAUUAAAAGUAAUUUAUCAUAUGGAGAUUUAUCUCACUCCCCUUUGGACCAGUUUUCCGCACUUGUAGAAGAGGUAGUGGUGCCAGUCCUGUCCAAUAACCGGAACCAUUUUGAGUGGCCUCAUGUUGUGACUCAGGAUGUGAAGAGGCAUGUUCACACUCUCAAGACCAACGUGUUUGUGGUGGCGGGACAAGUCAGGGGCAAGACACUUCUCUCGCUACCUGCAGGUUCAGGAAGAGUGGAACGAGCAGCCCUGGAGUGGGAAGAGAGUGGGGACAUUGUGGACACAAGCAUCAUCCAUUCAAUUGAGUCUGUGGUGAUUGAAUGGAUUCAUCAAAUUUGUGGUGUCCUGAAGAAGGUCUCCUCAGAGUCACUCCUCGAAGACAAGGAUCCAACCCCUCACGUGGAACUGCUCUUCUGGAGGAAUCGAUUUGCUGACCUAGAAUGCAUUUACGGCCAACUGAAGUCAACAAAAGUUACCAAAAUGGCAGAAUUGCUUGAGAGGAUGGAGAGCAGCUACUUCCCUGCUUUUCAAAAUAUGCUGCAAGAUGUUAUAUCAGCUUUGGAAGAAGCCAGGGACAUCAACAUUCACCUGAAACCGCUUCAGCAGAUCUUCCAGGAUAUGGAGAGCAGAGAGUUCAAUGAGAUGAAGUGUCAGAUUGCACCUCUGAUGCAUACGGUCUGCUUACUGUGGGCGCAUUCCAAAUACUACAACGUCCCUGUCAGAAUCAUCGUUCUGCUGCAGGAGAUCUGCAAUCUCCUCAUACAGCAGGCUCAGGCCUAUUUGAAUCCCGAGGAUUUGCUAAAAGGAGAGACAGAAGAGAGCCUGACCAAGGUGCGGGAGACCCUGGAUGUCCUAUAUUACUUCCGGCAAAGCUAUGAUGAGAGACGGGCCAGUCUAAGACAAUACCAGGAGAACAGCCAGCAGCAGAGGUCAUGGGACUUCUCCCCCACCGUGGUCUUCACUAAAAUGGAUUGGUUCAUGGGGAGGUUGCAGACUAUCGAGGGUUUUCUGCUGAUGGUCCUGGACCUGAUGAAGCUGGAGAAGAUUGAGUUUGGAGGGACACGUGGAAAGAUGCUGAGUCAGCAGGUCCUUCACAUGUUUGAGGAGUUCUUGGAGAAGUACAAAGUGUUCACGGAGAAGCCCUAUGAUUCUCUCAGUGCUGCUAACUUGGAUUUUGAAGCAGAUGUUCACGAAUUUAGCAACAAAGUCGAAGACAUGGAUCGACGACUGAGUUCAGUAUUUUGCCAGGCUUUUGAUGACGCCUCAAGCUUGGAGCAUGCCUUCAAGGUUAUAGAUAUGUUUGGCAGCCUUCUUGUGCGACCCUUGAUUAGCGCUGGCGUUCAAGAUAGAUACCCUCAACUAGUCAGGAUGUUUGACUUAGAACUGGACAACUGUAAAGUGCUGUACAACAAGCAUAUACAAAGGGAAGAAGAGCUUGGUUACACCCCGGUCCAUAAGAAUAUGCCCGCUGUCACUGGGGGACUGAGGUGGACGCAGCAAUUGCAGGAACGCAUUCAGAUAUCUUAUAGAAAGUUGAGGCAAAUCGCACACCCGUGCAUUGAGUCUGCUGAAGGGAAUAUAACAGUCCAGAAAUAUGAAGAAAUGGUGAGGCUACUUAAUGGUUACUCUUGUACGUUGUAUGACGUUUGGGCCGAAGCAGUGGGUGAGAAGUCUCAGUACAACCUUACUCAGCCUAUAAUUUCCAGAGAUCCCAAAACAAGGCUCAUCACUGUUAACUUCAACCCCCAGUUAGUAUCUGUAUUGAGGGAGGUAAAAUACUUGGAAUCGAGACAGGCUGAGGCCAUACCAGAAGCAGCAGCAGCGAUCUACUCCAGCAAAGAAAUUAUGCAGCAGUACGUUGCCAAUCUGGAGCUGACUGCUAGCUGGUACAACAAGGUGAUUCAGACAGUACUGGAGGUGGAGUACCCACUGGUCCAGGGACAAAUAAAAGAAAUUGAUGCUCGCUUAAUAGAGGCUGAGGAGUCCAUCAACUGGAGAAGUGAAGGGAUCUGGGAAUACAUUCAGGAAGUUCGGGAAGCUGUCCAUGACCUUGAGAAAUGCCUACAGAAGGUGAAAGACAAUGUCGAGGAGAUCCGGAAUGUUAUGAAGACCUGGGUGUCUCCCAUCUUUGAGAGAAAGGAGGGAAAGAAAGACACCCUCAUCAACCUUGAUGACAUAUCGGACAGGCUUGAAAAACGUUACACCCAAUUUCGAGACUCAGGAGACAGGAUCCAUUCCUUGUUAAAGGAAAAUCUAGCCCUCUUUAAAGCUCAUCCUGCUUCUGAGACAUGGAGGGCUUAUGUUGAUUAUAUUGAUGAAAUGGUCAUUGAUGGCUUCUAUACCAGCAUCGAGUGCUCUCUGAAGUUCCUUCUAGAUAAUACAGAUUCCAGGGCUGGUCUGGCACCUCUUUUUGAAGUCCAGCUAGACCUUCAUAUUCCAGACAUGGUUUUCUUUCCCUCCCUGGAGUUUGGUGCCAGUAAUGGCUUUUUUGACUUGGUUGAAGGCGUCACUAAUGAUAUCUACAGGAUAUCUUCACUGAUCCCACGACUGGCUGAGCACAACAAUGUUCCCCAUUACCAGGCUGAUAUGGAGGAUAUGGCUGAUCUGGCUGAUAUGAGGCAGCUUCUGAUGGACAAUGUGCGCCAUGCGAUGUCCAAGUGCUGCGAAUACUGCAGCGCCUUUGACCAGUACGCUUACCUGUACGUUGACGACAGGAAGGAGUUCAUGCGACAGUUUCUGCUGUAUGGCCAUGUGCUCACUAGCGAGGAAAUAGAAGCUCAUGCAGAAGACGGAGUUCCUGAGAGCCCCCCCUCGCUGAAACAGUUCAAGGAGCAAGUGGAUUCUUACGAGAAGAUCUAUGAUGAAGUCCAGCAUCUCGAGCCCAUUGUUGUGUUUGAUAGCUGGAUGAGAGUUGAUGCCCGGCCCUUUAAAAGUGCCUUGCUGAACAUUAUUAAGAAGUGGAGUUUAAUGUUUAAGCAGCACCUCAUUGACCAUGUGACAAACAGCCUUUCUGACUUGGAGAAGUUCAUCAAAGUUGCUGAAAAACAGCUGAGCAGAAAAGUGGAGGAAGGGGACUAUAGUGGUUUGGUGGAAGUGAUGGGGCAUUUGAUGGCAGUGAGAGAGAGACAGAACAGCACAGAUGAGAUGUUUGAGCCUCUACAACACACCAUAGAGCUUUUGAAGACGUAUGAGCAAGAACUGCCAGAGGAGGUGUACAAACAAUUAGAGGAGCUGCCAGAAAAGUGGAACAAUGUGAAGAAGCAGACUGUCACGAUGAAGCAGCAUGUUGCACCACUACAGGCUAAUGAGGUGGCCAAACUGCGCAGGAGAUGUGCGUCCUUUGAUGUGGAGCAGCACUGUUUCCGAGAGAGCUUCCGCAAAGAAGGGCCUUUUAGGUUUGACAGUGAAAACCCAUAUCAUAUGCUAGACUUAGCUCACCAGCAAAUUCAGGAGAAAGAAUUCACCAUGUCCUCAAUUACAGAAUCUGCCGUCCUCUUUGAGGUGAAUGUCCCAGAUUACCGGCAAUUGAAGCAGUGCCGCAAAGAGGUGCUACUGCUGAAGGAACUCUGGGAUAUGAUCACCGUUGUGAAUUCUAGUAUGAGCGACUGGAAGACCACAAAGUGGCACGAAAUAAACGUGGAAGACAUGGAACUGGAGUGCAAGCGCUUCUCUAAGAACAUUCGGGCACUGGACAAGGAAGUUCGAGCGUGGGAUGCCUUUUCAGGACUGGACAACGCAGUGAAGAAUAUCCUAACUUCACUGAGGGCAGUGGCGGAACUGCAGAACACCGCAAUCCGGGAACGACACUGGCACCAGCUGAUGCAGGCCACGGGGGUGCGCUUCACUAUGGACCAGGACACCACCCUAGCGGAUCUGCUGCAGCUCAACCUGCACCAAUUUGAGGAGGAGGUUCGAGGCAUCGUGGACAAGGCAGUGAAGGAGAUGGGCAUGGAGAAGGUCCUAACAGAGCUGAAUACCACCUGGAGAGGCAUGAAGUUCCAGUAUGAGCCGCACCACCGUACCAAUGUGCCCUUAAUCAAAUCUGAUGAAGAACUGAUUGAGAUUCUUGAGGAUAACCAGGUGCAGCUACAAAAUCUCAUGUCUUCUAAGUACAUCGCCUUCUUCCUGGAGGAGGUUUCUGCCUGGCAGAAGAAGCUGUCCAUUGCGGACUCUGUUAUCACAAUCUGGUUCGAAGUGCAGAGAACCUGGUCUCAUCUGGAGAGCAUUUUCAUUGGCUCAGAAGAUAUACGUGCUCAGCUCCCAGAGGAUUCCAAACGCUUUGAAGGUAUAGAUGUGGAUUUCAAAGAGCUCGCCUAUGAUGCUAACAACACCCCUAAUGUGGUGGAAGCCAGCAACAAACCUGGCCUUUACACUAAAUUGGAGGAUCUUCAAAGCAGACUGUCUUUGUGUGAGAAGGCCUUAGCAGAGUACUUGGACACCAAAAGGCUGGCCUUCCCCAGAUUCUACUUUAUAUCCUCAGCUGAUCUCUUGGAUAUUCUCUCCAAUGGCACCAGUCCUUAUCAGGUUCAGCGGCAUCUCUCCAAGUUGUUCGAUAACACAGCAAAGAUGAAGUUUCAGCUGGACCAGGAUGGCAAUCCCUCUAAGACUGGCCUAGGAAUGUACAGUAAAGAGGAAGAAUAUGUUGCCUUUAAUAAGCCAUGUGACUGCACUGGCCAGGUUGAGACCUGGCUAAAUCGACUGCUGGACGCCAUGAGGUCAACGGUGCGCCAUGAAAUGACCGAGGCUGUGGCGGCCUAUGAGGACAAGCCCAGGGAGCAGUGGCUGUUCGAUUAUCCUGCUCAGGUGGCUUUAACAUGCACCCAGAUAUGGUGGACAGCAGAGGUUGGCAUUGCCUUCUCCCGUCUCGAAGAAGGUUACGAGAAUGCCAUGAAGGAAUACUACAAGAAGCAAGUCAGCCAGCUGAAUACUCUCAUCACUAUGCUGAUUGGCCAGCUCUCAGCCGGAGAUCGUCAGAAAGUUAUGACCAUCUGUACCAUAGAUGUACAUGCCAGAGAUGUGGUUGCGAAAAUCAUCUCUCAGAAGGUGGAGAAUUCCCAGGCAUUUCUGUGGCUGUCUCAGCUGCGACAUCGCUGGGAUGAUGACAGACAGCAUUGCUUUGCCAAUAUCUGCGAUGCGCAGUUCUUGUACUCUUAUGAAUACCUUGGCAACACACCACGUCUGGUUAUCACCCCACUGACAGACAGGUGCUAUAUCACCCUGACCCAGUCCCUGCACCUCACCAUGAGUGGGGCUCCAGCUGGGCCAGCAGGCACAGGCAAGACUGAGACCACCAAGGAUUUAGGCCGAGCCUUGGGAAUUAUGGUCUAUGUCUUUAACUGCUCCGAACAGAUGGACUACAAGUCCUGUGGGAAUAUUUACAAAGGCCUAGCACAAACUGGGGCCUGGGGGUGUUUUGACGAAUUCAACCGAAUCUCUGUGGAGGUGCUCUCCGUUGUUGCUGUACAGGUUAAGAGCAUUCAAGAUGCUGUCAGAGAUAAGAAGAAACGGUUCAGCUUUAUGGGAGAAGAGGUGAACCUGACUCCUUCUGUUGGUAUCUUUAUUACCAUGAAUCCUGGGUACGCCGGGAGGACCGAAUUGCCAGAGAAUCUCAAGGCACUCUUUCGACCGUGUGCUAUGGUGGUUCCAGACUUUGAGCUAAUUUGUGAGAUUAUGUUGGUGGCUGAAGGUUUCAUUGAAGCCAGGCUUCUGGCCAGGAAGUUCAUUACUCUGUAUCAGCUCUGCAAAGAACUUCUUUCAAAACAGGACCACUAUGAUUGGGGUUUGCGAGCCAUUAAAUCAGUCUUGGUGGUAGCAGGGUCGCUGAAAAGGGGUGACCCAGACCGUCCAGAGGAUCAGGUACUAAUGCGAGCCCUGCGAGACUUCAACAUUCCCAAGAUUGUGACAGAUGACAUGCCUGUCUUCAUGGGCCUCAUUGGGGACCUUUUCCCUGCGCUGGAUGUCCCCCGUAAGAGGGACUUGGAGUUUGAGAAGUUUGUCAGGCAGUCUAUCCUUGAUCUGAAGCUACAGGCCGAAGACAACUUUGUUCUAAAGGUGGUGCAGCUGGAGGAACUUCUCGCCGUUCGACACUCCGUGUUUGUGGUGGGCAGUGCCGGCACAGGGAAGUCUCAGGUGAUGAAAUCCCUAAGUAAGACCUACCAGAACAUGAAGCGCCGAGCCGUGUGGGCUGACCUCAACCCCAAAGCCGUCACCAAUGAUGAGCUCUUUGGCAUUAUCAACCCCUCCACUCGGGAGUGGAAAGACGGACUUUUUUCCAGUAUCAUGCGUGAGCUGGCUAACAUUAGUCAUAAUGGACCAAAAUGGAUUGUGUUGGAUGGAGAUAUUGACCCAAUGUGGAUUGAGUCUUUGAAUACAGUUAUGGAUGAUAACAAGGUGCUGACUCUGGCCAGUAAUGAAAGAAUACCACUGAAUCCAACUAUGAGGCUGGUAUUUGAGAUUAGCCACCUGCGUACUGCCACACCGGCCACUGUGUCUCGAGCUGGUAUCCUAUACAUAAACCCUGCAGAUCUGGGCUGGAAUCCUCCAGUCAGCAGCUGGAUUGACAGGCGAGAAAUCCAGUCAGAGAAAGCCAACUUGACCAUUUUAUUUGAUAAAUACCUUCCUGCUUGCCUUGACACCCUCAGAUCAAGAUUUAAGAAGAUCAUCCCAGUUCCUGAGCAAAGCAUGGUGCAGAUGCUUUGUUAUCUAUUGGAAUGUCUUUUAACCCCAGAGCACACCCCUCCGGAUUGCCCCAAGGAAUUGUAUGAAUUAUACUUUGUGUUUGCUGCCAUUUGGGCAUUUGGAGGGGCUAUGUUCCAGGACCAGCUGCUUGAUUACAGAGUGGAAUUCAGUAAAUGGUGGGUUACUGAAUUCAAGACCAUCAAAUUCCCUUCCCAAGGCACUGUCUUUGAUUACUAUAUUGACCCGGAGACAAAGAAAUUUGAACCUUGGUCAAAAAUGAUUCCUACAUUUGACUUUGAUGCUGGAGUUCCUCUCCAGGCGUGCUUGGUGCACACGACGGAGACCAUUCGGAUUCGAUACUUCAUGGACCGGCUGCUUGAGAGGAGGAGGCCGGUCAUGCUUGUGGGGAAUGCAGGCACUGGAAAAUCGGUUUUGGUUGGUGAUAAACUGGGUUCCCUAGAUUCUGAGAAGUACAUGAUCAAGAAUGUUCCCUUUAACUACUAUACAACAUCAGCCAUGCUUCAGGGCAUUUUGGAAAAACCAUUGGAGAAGAAAGCUGGCAGGAACUAUGGCCCUCCUGGCAGCAAGAGGCUGAUCUACUUCAUCGAUGACAUGAACAUGCCAGAGGUGGACGCUUAUGGAACGGUGCAGCCACACACACUUAUCCGUCAGCACAUGGACUACAGCCACUGGUAUGACAGGAACAAGCUGUUGCUGAAGGAGAUUCACAACGUGCAGUAUGUGUCCUGCAUGAAUCCCACUGCAGGCAGCUUUACCAUCAACCCACGGCUGCAGCGGCACUUCUGCGUGUUUGCGCUUUCGAACCCGGGGGCUGAUGCCCUGACCACCAUCUACAGCAGCAUCCUGAGCCAGCACCUGCGAGGCGAAGGCUUCGGGGUGACUCUGCUGAAGAGCUGCCCCCAGCUCACCCAGCUGGCACUAGCUGUGCACCAGAGAGUGGCUGCCACCUUCCUGCCCACUGCAAUCAAGUUCCAUUACGUCUUUAACCUCCGGGACCUUUCCAGCAUAUUCCAGGGCAUUCUCUUCUCAUCAAGUGAGUAUCUGAAGACUCCUCAGGACUUAGUGAAGAUUUAUAUGCAUGAAUCUAACAGAGUCUACAGAGAUAAAAUGGUGGAAGAGAAGGAUUUCGGAACCUUUGAUAAGUUGCUGUUUGACUCUGUGAAAAAGUUUUAUGAGGACACGGAGGAGACACUUGAAGAAAUCAAGGCCAUGAACGUUUUCUUCCACUUUGCCUCUGGUACUGGGGAACCCAAAUAUAUGCCAGUUCAGUCAUGGGGAAUCCUCAACAAGACACUUCUUGAGGCUUUGGAUAGCUACAAUGAAGUCAAUGCCACAAUGAAUCUGGUCCUCUUUGAGGAUGCCAUGUCACACAUCUGCCGCAUCAACCGAAUCUUAGAGUCUCCAAGAGGAAAUGCACUCCUGGUAGGAGUUGGUGGCAGCGGUAAGCAGAGUCUUACAAGGCUUGCGGCCUUCAUAAGUUCCUUGGAAGUAUUUCAAAUUUCUCUCAAGAAAGGCUAUAGCAUCUCUGAUCUCAAGAAUGACUUAGCUGCACUGUACAUUAAAACUGGAGUAAAGAAUGUCGGCACAGUGUUUUUGAUGACUGAUGCACAAGUAGCAGAUGAGAAAUUCCUUGUUUUGAUCAAUGAUCUUUUGGCAUCAGGUGAGAUUCCUGACAUGUUCCCCGAUGAUGAAGUAGAAAAUAUCAUAGGAAGCCUGAGGAAUGAAGUCAAAGGCCUGGGACUGAUCGACAGCAGGGAGAACUGCUGGAAGUUCUUCAUUGAUCGUGUGCGCAGACAGCUGAAGGUGGCCCUCUGCUUCUCUCCAGUGGGCAGCAAGCUUCGUGUUCGCAGCCGAAAGUUCCCAGCUGUGGUCAACUGCACAGCCAUCGACUGGUUCCAUGAGUGGCCGCAAGAAGCCUUGGAGUCGGUCAGCUUGCGCUUCCUCCAGGAUAUUGAGCACAUACAGCCAGAAUUAAAGGAGUCUGUCAGUAUGUUCAUGGCGUAUGUUCACACUAGCGUGAACAAGUCCUCUCGGAGCUACCUUGCUAAUGAGCGGCGCUAUAAUUACACCACGCCAAAGUCCUUCUUAGAGCAGAUCAAGCUCUACCAGAACCUGUUGUCACUGAAGAGCAAAGACCUGGCCACGAAGAUGGAGAGACUUGAGAAUGGUCUACAAAAGCUGAACAGCACUUCCACACAGGUGGAUGACCUGAAAGCCAAGCUGGCUGCUCAGGAAGUGGAACUGAAGCAGAAGAAUGAGGAUGCAGACAAGUUGAUCCAGGUGGUGGGGGUGGAGACAGAGAAGGUGAGCAAGGAAAAGGCCGUGGCUGAUGAGGAAGAAGAGAAAGUAGCAAAGAUCGCUGUUGUGGUCCAAGGGAAGCAAAAGGACUGUGAGGAAGAUCUGUCCAAAGCGGAACCCGCUCUCAUAGCUGCACAGGAGGCCCUUAACACUCUGAACAAGAACAACCUGACAGAGUUAAAGUCCUUUGGCUCCCCCGUGUCUGCUGUCACCAACGUGACUGCUGCUGUCAUGGUCUUGAUGGCUCCUAGUGGUCGAAUCCCUAAAGACAGGAGCUGGAAGGCAGCCAAGGUGAUGAUGGCUAAGGUUGACAGCUUUCUGGACUCCCUGGUCAACUUCAACAAGGAAAACAUCCAUGAAAACUGCCUGAAGGCUAUCCAGCCCUACCUCCAGGAUCCUGAGUUCAACCCGGAACUUGUAGCCUCGAAGUCCUACUCAGCAGCAGGGCUCUGCUCCUGGGUGAUCAACAUAGUUAAGUUCUACCAGGUGUAUUGUGAAGUGGAACCCAAGAGGCAAGCACUGGGCAAAGCCAACGCAGAGCUAGCAGCUGCUCAGGAGAAGCUCACCACCAUUAAAGCCAAGAUCUCUCACCUUAAUGAAAACUUGGCAAAGUUAACAGCAAAGUUUGAGAAAGCCACUGCAGACAAGCUGAAAUGCCAACAGGAGGCCGAGUCCACAGCGCACACCAUUUCUCUUGCCAACCGCCUGGUGGGUGGGCUUGCAUCAGAGAAUGUCCGCUGGGCCGAGGCCCACUACCGGCUGGAGCUGAUGGACAAGACCUGGAGACCUUACCUAAGCCAGCUCAAGGUGCCAGUUCCCGUGACUCCAGACUUGGAUGCAUUAACAAUGCUGACAGAUGAUGCAGACAUUGCCGCUUGGCAGAAUGAAGGUCUCCCUGCUGACAGGAUGUCAACUGAAAAUGCCACAAUCCUCACUAAUUGUGAGCGCUGGCCUCUAAUGGUGGACCCCCAGUUGCAGGGAAUUAAAUGGAUCAAAAAUAAAUAUGGUGAAAACCUCAGGGUAAUUCGUAUUGGCCAGAGAGGUUACCUAGAUUCUGUAGAGAGAGCAUUGUCUGCUGGUGAAGUGGUUCUGAUUGAAAAUUUGGAAGAGACUGUGGACCCUGUCUUGGGGCCUUUGCUUGGUCGGGAGACAAUAAAGAAGGGCAGGUCUAUAAAGAUUGGAGAUAAAGAAUGUGAGUACAGUCCCAAUUUCCGUCUUAUCCUUCACACCAAGCUGGCAAACCCACAUUACCAGCCGGAAAUGCAAGCUCAGUGCACUCUAAUCAACUUCACUGUGACCCGCGAUGGCCUGGAAGACCAAUUGCUGGCUUCUGUGGUCAGUAUGGAACGACCAGACCUAGAGGAGCUUAAGUCAAAUCUCACGAAACAGCAAAAUGGCUUCAAGAUUACUCUAAAAACUCUUGAGGAUAACCUUCUGUCCCGCUUAUCUUCUGCUUCUGGAAACUUCCUGGGUGACACAGAGCUGGUGGAGAACCUGGAGACCACCAAACAAACAGCUGCAGAGGUGGAAAUAAAGGUAAAAGAGGCCAAGGUGACAGAAGCCAAAAUCAAUGAAGCAAGGGAACAGUACCGCCCUGCUGCAGCCAGAGCCUCCUUAUUGUACUUCAUAAUGAACGACCUCAAUAAGAUACAUCCAAUGUAUCAGUUUUCUCUGAAGGCCUUCAGUGUGGUGUUCCAGAAGGCAGUGGGGAAGGCCCCCCCAGACGAAAUGCUGAAGCAAAGAGUUUCUAACAUCAUUGACAGUAUUACUUCCUCAGUCCACCAAUACACUAUACGUGGACUCUUUGAGUGUGAUAAACUGACCUACACUGCGCAGCUAGCCUUCCAGAUUUUGCUGAUGAAUAAAGAAAUCAACGUAGCAGAACUGGACUUCCUUCUGAGGUACCCUGCUCAGCCUGGGGUGUCUUCUCCAGUUGACUUCUUGUCAAAUCACUCCUGGGGAGGAAUAAAGGCUUUGUGUGUCAUGGAUGAAUUCCGGAAUUUGGACCGUGAUAUUGAGGGAUCUGCCAAGCGCUGGAAGAAAUUCGUGGAGUCUGAAUGUCCAGAGAAGGAAAAGUUCCCUCAGGAGUGGAAGAACAAGACGGCCCUCCAGAGGUUGUGCAUGAUGAGAGCUAUUCGGCCUGAUCGCAUGACCUAUGCCGUGAGGGAUUUUGUGGAAGAGAAACUGGGCAGCAAGUAUGUGGUGGGCAGAUCUCUGGACUUCGCCAUCUCCUUUGAAGAAUCUGGGGCAGCAACUCCCAUGUUCUUUAUUCUGUCUCCUGGUGUUGACCCACUUAAGGAUGUGGAGAAACAUGGGAGAAAACUGGGUUACACAUUUGACAACAGAAACUUCCACAAUGUAUCCCUGGGCCAAGGACAGGAGGUGGUGGCAGAACAAGUGCUGGACCUGGCAGCCAAAGAGGGCCACUGGGUAAUCUUACAGAACAUCCAUCUGGUGGCUAAAUGGCUGAGCACUCUGGAGAAGAAGGUGGAGCAGCACGGCGAUGGAGGCCACGCAGACUUCCGCAUUUUCAUCAGCGCCGAGCCUUCCGCCUCACCCGAGGGACACAUCAUCCCUCAGGGUAUCCUGGAGAACUCCAUCAAGAUCACCAAUGAGCCUCCUACUGGGAUGCACGCCAACUUACACAAGGCGCUCGACAAUUUCAACCAGGACACGCUGGAAAUGUGUGCCAAGGAGAAUGAGUUUAAAGGCAUCCUCUUUGCAUUGUGCUACUUUCACGCGGUCGUGGCAGAGAGGAGGAAAUUUGGACCACAGGGCUGGAACAGAAGUUAUCCCUUCAACACUGGAGACUUGACAAUUUCUGUGAAUGUGCUUUACAACUACCUGGAAGCCAAUGCAAAGGUGCCCUACGACGACCUCCGCUACCUUUUUGGUGAGAUCAUGUAUGGGGGACACAUCACAGAUGACUGGGACCGCAGACUGUGCCGAACCUACCUGGAGGAGUUCAUCAAGCCUGAGAUGAUGGACGGAGAGCUUUGCCUAGCUCCUGGUUUCCCUUUACCUGGGAACAUGGACUACAACAGUUAUCACCAGUACAUCGAUGAUGCUCUCCCUGCUGAAUCCCCGUAUCUUUAUGGGUUACAUCCUAACGCCGAGAUUGGAUUCCUAACCCAGACCUCAGAGAAGCUCUUCCGGACUCUGCUGGAGAUGCAGCCCCGAGACAGCAGUGCAGGAGAGGGCAGUGGGAGUACAAGAGAUGAAAAAGUGAAGUCUGUUCUGGAUGAAAUUUUGGAGAGACUGCCUGAUGAGUUUAAUAUCCCAGAGCUUAUGGGGAAGGUGGAGGAUCGGACACCUUACAUUGUGGUCGCCUUCCAGGAGUGUGAGCACAUGAAUAUCCUAACACAGGAAAUCAAGCGCUCCCUGAAAGAACUUGGUCUGGGAUUGAAGGGGGAGCUCACAAUGACAAGUGACAUGGAGAAUCUGCAGAAUUCCCUUUUUCUUGACCAAGUUCCGGAUACAUGGACAAAGCGUGCUUAUGCGUCAAUGUCUGGGCUGGCCGUCUGGUUCAUGGACCUACUCAACCGCAUCAGAGAGCUAGAAACAUGGACGUCGGAUUUCACCUUGCCAUCUGCGGUGUGGCUGGCUGGCUUCUUCAAUCCUCAGUCCUUCCUCACCGCCAUCAUGCAGUCCAUGGCAAGGAAGAAUGAAUGGCCGCUGGACAAGAUGUGUCUACAGUGCGACGUGACCAAGAAGAGCCGAGAGGAGUUCAGCAGCACGCCACGAGAGGGAGCCUACAUACAUGGCCUCUUCAUGGAGGGAGCACGCUGGGAUAUACAGGCAGGAAUAAUAAGCGAAGCCCGAUUGAAGGAGCUGACUCCAUCAAUGCCUGUCAUCUUCAUAAAAGCCAUUCCUGUAGACAAGCAGGAGACUCGCAAUGUGUACCAGUGCCCAGUGUACAAAACCAGGCAGAGAGGGCCUACGUUUGUGUGGACGUUCAGCCUGAAGACCAAGGAGAACCCAUCCAAAUGGACCCUUGCUGGAGUUGCUCUGCUUCUUCAGAUCUAGAGGUUUGAACGGAGCUUAUAUAAUUAUAUAUAUUUUUCAUUAAUUCACAAAUCUCAACUCAGUCAAAUUUGCUUAAUCUAAUCUGUGACCUUUUCUACAUGUAAUCAGUGCAUCAUCUGUUUCUGCAACAUGAAUUUGAUUUAUUUCUUAAAACUACAUUCCUGAAUAAUAUAAUAAAUCAUGUAAUUAAGAUGUAUUCUCAAUUCCAGAUGGCAGUUUGUUUCACAACAUCAUUCAUACAUCUUACACAGCCUAAUA